CCAACAAAUAUUUUCGGGAAUGCUGAGUACCUCUGAAAGCAUGGAUUUGACACAGCAAAGUAGCCAUAGGCCUGGCGUAAUUAAGUUUAAGCAAUUUUUAAAGUGAUUAACUUUGGUGCGGAACAAGAGGAAUUGUAAUGCAAUCGACUGCUGGAAAAUGCCAUGUAAUCGAGAUGUGAUUUGAUAGCUGCUAGUGUGGGAAUUCUGAACAAGUGAUGACCGAAUGAGAUACUUAUUCUUAAAGCUGGGAAAUACGUAGAUACGAAAAAAAGUAAAAUAAAAACAAAUCAUCGCUGGGUGAUCUCCACUGAAAGUCAAUAUUGUUUUCAUAACGUUGAGCCGAGUCAUCACGAUAGUCUAGAAGUACUGCAGUAGUGUUCAUUACAGUAUUCUUAUCGGGACGUUGUUAUUUAGACAAAUUUUGUCAGUGUUGUUUGUGAGGACACUGACACAAUAUAGAUAAACGAUUCUUGCCUACCAGCUUCUCUGAAGAUAAGCUGUUGGGCAGUAGCGGUAUAAUAUUGACUGCAUCAGGAAGAAAAACACCAAUGGGAGACGUACCGUAGCAGAAAACUUGCAUUAGAUGCUAGUAUUAACGAUUUAAUUACUACGAUUAACACUUUUGUGUCUAGAAGCAAUAAAAUUAGAAAAUGCCAGUACGAGGUAGAUUUGGCCCAUUGGUUGGGGCAAUAGACGAAGGAACAAGCAGCGCCCGUUUUCUGGUGUUUUCUGCGCGGACUGCAGAAGUUCUAACGUAUCACCAGAUCCGUAUAGCACAAGACUGCCCUCGUGAGGGAUGGGUUGAACAAGAUCCAGUAGCAAUUUUAUCUGCUGUGAAGGAAUGUAUAAAUGAGACUGUAGAGAAUCUGAAAAAGCUGGACAUUGAUCCUGCCGACAUUGUGGCCAUUGGAAUAACAAAUCAGAGGGAGACAACCAUAGUAUGGGACCCAAAAACUGGAAAGCCUUUGUACAAUGCAAUAGUAUGGCUUGAUGUGAGAAAUACAGAGACAGUUGAUGACUUAUUAAAGAAUGUACGUGACAGGAAUCAAGACUACUUCAAACCUUUGUGUGGGCUUCCAGUAAGCACUUAUUUCAGUGCUCUGAAACUGAAAUGGAUGAUGGACAAUGUUCCUGAAGUACGAGAGGCAGUUAAGAAUAAGUCAUGUUUAUUUGGCACUGUGGACACUUGGCUCAUAUGGAAUCUUACAGGAGGGCCUAACGGUGGUCUUCACAUAACUGAUGUUACGAAUGCCUCAAGGACAAUGUUAAUGAAUAUUCGCACACUUCAGUGGGACAACGCUCUUUGCAAAUUUUUUGGUAUACCAAAAGAAAUCUUGCCUGAAAUCAGAAGUUCUUCAGAAAUUUAUGGAUACGUUGCUGCUACCCCUUUGGAAGGAGUGCCUAUUUCAGGGUGCCUCGGUGACCAGCAGUCUGCUCUUGUUGGUCAAAUGUGUUUACAUCAAGGUCAAGCCAAGAACACUUAUGGAACUGGAUGCUUCUUACUGUAUAAUACAGGAACAGCUGUAGUGCACUCAAGUCAUGGCCUUUUGACAACUGUAGCCUAUCGCAUGGGAAAAAAUACUCCUCCAGUUUAUGCCCUGGAAGGUGCCAUUGCCAUUGCAGGUGUUGCAUUUAGUUGGCUGAAAGAUAACAUUGGUAUUUUGAAAGAUAUUGCUGAGUCCGAGAAUAUGAUUAAAGAAAUGACAGCUCAUCGUGAAGUUUAUUUUGUUCCAGCAUUCUCUGGACUUUAUGCUCCAUAUUGGCGAAAGGAUGCUCGCAGUGUUAUAUGCGGCCUGUCAGAAGAAACAACUAAAGCAGAUAUUGUGAAGGCUGCUAUGGAAGCAGUAUGCUUUCAGACACGAGACAUCUUAAAUGCUAUGAAUAAAGAUUGUGGAAUUCCACUAACAAGACUUCUUGUGGAUGGUGGUUUAACUGUAAAUGAUACAAUUAUGCAGCUGCAGGCAGAUUUGUGUGGAAUCCCAGUUGUCAGACCACUGAUGACUGAGGCAACUGCUUUAGGAGCUGCUAUAGCUGCUGGAAGUGCAGAAGGGAUAGAAGUGUGGGAUUUGCAUGAGGUUCAGUCUGUUCCCAGUGAUGUGUUCAAGCCAUCAAUAUCAGAGGACGAGCGUGAUAUGAGGUACUCGAGAUGGAAGAUGGCUAUAGAGAGAAGUCUAAACUGGGAACCAGAGGCUGUUGAAAAGGAAAUAGAUAAGGAACACUGCAUUCGGUCGUCGAUACCAGUUGGUCUGUUUGUUGUCUCUGCAUUUUGUCUCUUGCUAAUUGCCAGACAAUUAAAAAAAUGAAUAGAAUUGAAAAUGUUAGAUCAAAAUUUAUAAAUAAUGCAGAACAGUAUUCAAGUAUCUCUACAAUGAAAGGAUGUUGUGGAUGACAUUUUGUGGUUUCAUUAAUGUGGCCUUCUCGUUCUGACCGGCUCACGUACUUUUUGACUUCUUGAGCUCUAAAAGCUAUAGAUCAGGGCUGUUGUACUUACUGAAGAAUAUAAUAUUUUUGUAAUAUAUAAUUUGAAGAAGAUAUGUUAAAAGACUUGUAAUGCUGUUUAUUUGUCAGGUUAAUGAGAUUGAUGUCUGCCAAAUAUCGACAAUAUCUGGUGAAUUACAUUUGUAUUAGAAAUGAAACUGAUAUAUUUGGAGAGUAUUGUAAUGUUUUUAAUGGUGAUUGUGGUGGAGUGCUUUGUGGUGGACUGUAAUUGUAGUUCUUUUUAAUUGUUGGUUGUUGGGCACAUGCUUUUUGUUCCUUCAAACAUAAGUGGAAUUAUUAUUUUCAAUAAUAUUACUCAUGUACUUAUAUGGCUGGUUGUGAUUAAGUGUGACAUAUUGAAGGAGAAUAGCCAUAUUGAUUUUUGGUAUCUAUCAUAUAGUACAAAUUAUGAAUAUUUUCCUCUUGCAAGUGUUUGUAGGAAAAGCCAUUUUCCUUUUUUAAAUAUGUACUUGUUUCAAAGAUUUUGUGUGUGUUUCUGUGGCUGACUAUGCUGCAGAUUUUGUGUGUGUGUGUGUGUGUGUGUGUGUGUGUGUGUGUGUGUGUGUGUGUGUUUUUGGUGAGAAUGUAUGUCAUUAGUAAAAUAAUAAUAUUCUUGAUCAGUAUUAAAAAAACAGUGUUAUCGAUAUUUUAUUCCCUCCUAACUAGAAAACUAAAUAUCAAGAUUUGACUCUAAAUCAAGUGACAGAGGGAGCAAAACAUACUCACUGACACAAGCACAAGUCAAUGCUAGUGCUUUUACUAUUUUCUUUUUUCUAGAAGGCUAAAAUCGAUUAGACAAUGUAUACAUUGGUGUAGCUGUCAAACAUCUUCUUUCAUGUGAACCUUAGAGAAGAAAUAUGUUAUCACUGUGGAACUUUUGUGGAGGCAUUUUAAAACUGAGAUAAGCUCUCUGAUUAUCAUUAUACUUUUGCCACUGAUUGCUUCAUCUGUCACAGGUAUACAUCUGUUCAUGGUGAUACAAAAGCACAUGAUAAUUUAAUCUACUUGUUUAUUAUAAAACUAAUGAAUUAUUGAAAUAGUGAGAAUGCAGUGCUUUUUAAUUGAAAGGAGCUCAUGAUCUUCAUUUAUUAAAGAGGUGUUCCUGCUGUUUUAAUGCAAUACAUCUUAGAAUUUCAUUUUACUUUUAUUAGGUUCACCAAACAGUUUGUUUACAAAUAAACAAGGUGGAAUGCAAUCAACCAGAGUAAAGAUUUUGCAAGUACUUUGUGACAUACUGAGCAAAUUGUUUCAUCCUUUUGACUUUAACCAUGGAUUAUUCUCUCUCACUAGAUACAAUUGAUAUGAUACAAGUAUUACAUGUAAGUUUCACUGUGCUUCAACAUUCAAGAGAGAAAAUUUUCACCAUUUAUGUUCCCUUAUGUGAAGCAUAUGCUGACAUCAUUUAUUAAAAUCUGCUUUUAAGUGUUGAUAUUUUAUAAUAUUAAAUUUAGAGUGCUUUAGAGCUGUCCUUUCACGAACCUUCACUGGUUUCCUCAUGAUCAUUGAAUAGCAUGUCACAAAGCAAUUUUAUACACUGCAUUAGUAUAUAAGCAGUUCUUGGCAGAACAGACUUUUGAAGUUUUAAAUUCUAGAUGCUAAUUUAUGAAGUACCAUGUUUUUUCAUUGGGUACAUUGCACCUUCAUAGUCUGUACUGAAAUUUUCAAUUUGUCUUCAAUGUAGUUAGAUUGGUACAGUAAAUUUUCUCAGUGCAAAUAUCCUACCACAAAGACACUAUUUGACACUUCAUAACUGCAAACAUUUGAACAUUAAUAUAACUUGCAAAAACAAGACUCCAUAUUGUGAAGUCACAAAAGUGUCACAACAUGUGAUUAGGAUAUCCUGUAUCCGAGAUUAUUCUUGUGUGAUGCAAACUGUAUUGGAUGGACAGUGAGUUUCUCUUACCACUAAAGGAAAUUGAAAAAUCAAAAA